CGUUCAACGAUCCUCACUUUGUCUUGACUAUUUAUUAGACUGAACGUCAUGGCAUUCAGUCUUGUAAAAAAAAGAUUUAAAUUUAAAGUAGAUUUCGACCUGGAGGACCUUUCGUCGGUACCUUUAGUCAAUGGCCUUUUAUUCUGUAAAGUUCGUCUUCGCGAUGGAGCGUUGGUCGGACGUUCUUCUCGGAACCCUGUUCAAGAUAACUGUGUACGCUGGAAUAAAAAAUUCUCAUUUAUGUGCAAGAUGACUGCCAAUGCUAAGACAGGUGUACUCGAUCCCUGUGUGUGUCGAGUUUCUGUGCGUAAGGAAAUGAAGGGUGGAAAAACAUUUGUAAAGCUGGGCUAUGCUGACCUGAAUCUGUCUGAGUUUGCUGGAUCUGGUGUCACGACAAGGCGAUGCCUCCUAGAAGGAUAUACUAAGAACACCAGACAGGACAACUCAAUUCUUAAGGUUGUUAUCACCACUAAACUUGUGUCUGGAGACCCCUGUUUUAAAACUCCCCCAUCUACAACCAUGAGCCUGGCCAUGCCACAGCCCGACGCAGAGUGCCUCCUUGAGGAGAGAAAGGGAGGAGAUCCUACUGUUGCUCAUUCUGUGGCUGCAACCCAAGCACAAUCCACAACGGUUCCAGAGGAGUUGCAAGGUCAUGGUCAUUGUAUGCCUGUCAACUGUGCUGUUCGGGGAUCACAAUUCUCAGCAACUUUGGGAAAGUCAGCAUCAGCCCCAGGGGAGCUGCGAGGCCACGGUCACUCUGCAUCACCAUGCUAUGCUAAUUGGCGCGCAAAAAUAUCUGCAACUCUAAGAAAGACAGAAUCUGCACCAGGGGCACUGAGAGGCCGUCGUCACUUUAAAUCAUCCAGCUAUGGUAAUCAGCAAUCAGAAAUCUCAGCAGCUGUUGGAAAGUCAUCCUCAGUUCCAGAAAAGUUGCAGGGCUGUAGACCAUCCAGCUCUGCUAGUCAACAGUCAUACAUCUCGGGUUACAGCUCAGAUAAUUCGCAGUACUUCAGUAUGACAGAUUUGAGCCUUCAGAAGAGCCUGUCUGUAAAUUCAGACUCUACAGGUAUUGGCAGCAUCUUGGAACCAGGUGAACUUCACUGGGAAAACAAGUCAAUAUCGCCGGUAUUUACCACCUGUCUCGACACAGUGGAGUGGCUCCCACCACUGAACAACCUCCCAAGACAACCAUUAAAGCAGAACUCUGUGGAGAAUCAGCUGCAGCGAUUUAAUGCCACCAGGGUUGAUGCAGAUGACAUUAUAGAAAAAAUCUUUCAGAGCCAAGAUUUCAGCCAUAGUGUCCUGGACUCCAGUGCAGAAGAGGAGGGCCUCAGUUUGUUUGUUGGUCCCGGUGGGAGAACAGCCCUGGGAACUCAGCGUAGAGGGGUUGCAGCUGGGGCUUUUGAGCAGGUGGUGAUCAAGCAUGAAUGAGGAGCAUUUAGCGCGUAUAAAGGGCCACAACAGACAGAACUGAUGACCUCAUCAACAAUCAUUCCCUUCUUCAAACACUCCCACUGCACUGCUUCUCACCUGCUGCGUCUACGGACCAGGAAGGCCCUCUAGUGGUGCCUGCAUUAAUU